AUGAACGCCAUCGGAUACAACCUGCUGGACAACUUCAUCUACGGGUACGCGGCAACGGACCGGACCAUCAACCGGCUUGCGCCGGACGGGACACUGACGAGGAUUUCCACCCUCCCGGCCUCGGGGUCGAUGAGCUGGAACGCCGGCGACAUCGACUCCAGCGGCAUCCUCUGGCUCAACUUUCUCGGCACCACCUGGGCACGCGUGAACAUGGUGCCCGGAGCCUCGAACUUCGGCAGCCUCGUCGACUCCGGCAGCACCACCGGCCUGCCUAGCGACCUCAGCGUCAUCGACUGGGUGUUCCUGCCGGGCCAAGGCCAGAAUCUGUACGCGAUCGCCUCCAGGACUGGCGCUUCCUUCCUGUACCAGUUCAGCAUGACGACCAAGGCCUGGACCCAGUUGCGCAGCUACGGCUCCGUCGCUGGAAACACCUGGGGCGCCGGCUACGCCGCCCCCGACGGCAGCUUGUUCGCGUCAGACAAUGCCACCGGCCAGAUCUGGAGGUUCCCGCUCAAUGGCGCGGCCUCCUUUGUUUCCCAAGGGCCUGUGUCUAGCUCGAAUGACGGUGCCAGGUGUGCCUCCAACGGUCAGCUCAAUUAG